AUGGAGGCGGUAAAGGUAGCUAAUAAAGGGUUUGCAACUCGUGACAGUGUUGCCAUUAGAUCUGAUCGGUGGAGUUACAGUUACAAUCAACUAAUAUCUUCUGCAUCAAGUAUAUCUAGCUUGUUAUCUAGUCGUCACUUGAACACAACUUUCGAAGCAAGUAAGCAUGAAUCUCAUUCACUAGCAAUUGAUGGUGGAAGAGGACAAGGGCAUCUUGGAGGGGCUAGAAUAGGAAUCAUGGCUAAGCCCUCAGCUAAAUUUGUUGCUGGCAUACUCAGGACCUGGCUUAGUGGAGGUGUUGCGGUUCCACUUGCUCUCAGCUAUCCUGAAGCUGAGCUCUUGCAUGUGAUGAAUGAUUCAGAUGUCUCCAUGAUUCUGAGUACUAAAGAUAAUCAGGAACUUAUGGAAAAUGUUGCUGCUAAAUGUGCUUCUCAAGUUUCUCUUAUUCCACCCGUUCCUAGUAGUUCUUCAGAAAAAAGUGCAGAUGGUAAUUUACAAGCUGUAGAAAUAGACGCAGAUAGAAUUUUUCACCGGAAUAAAAAGCAAUCAAGUGAGGAUCCUGCAUUAAUUAUAUACACUAGUGUCACAAUAGGAAAACCUAAAGAAGUUGUGCACAUGCACAAAAGCAUCAGUGCACAGGUCCAAACCUUAGCAGAAGCUUGGGAGUAUACAUAUGCUUAUCAGUUCUUGAAUUGUCUAUCACUACAUCAUGUUCAUGGGCUUUUCAAUGUUGUACUUGCCCCUCUCUAUGCAGGUUCCACGGUUGAAUUUAUGCCAAAAUUUAGCGUGAGGGGUAUUUGGCAAAGAUGGCGUGAAUCAUAUCCAAUAAAUGGAACUAAGGCAGCUGAUGGCAUAACUGUGUUUACAGGAGUAAGUCUACUCUGUAUCUCCUGCUUGUUAGUUGAUUUUUUAGGACCUGGCUUAGUGGAGGUGUUGCAGUUCCACUUGCUCUCAGCUCAGUUAUCCUGA